GAGUACAAGAAGGUUUGCGAAGGUAUGUGAGUGCUCUUUAGACUAUACCGCACUCGCAUUCUAAUAAGUAGAAUUUUCAUAAUGUAUACUCAUUCCAUCCACUGUGUAUUUACAACCUAUCGAUCAAUAUGGCUAGUGCUUAAUGACCUUCCACGUCUAGACCCCAAAGAAUGCGCGUUGUGUGGGGUAAGCAAACUGAAAUUCGAGCCGCCGGUCUUGUUUUGCUCUGGAAUGCAGUGCGGUAUGGGUAGGAUCAAGAGAGAUUCCGUUUACUACACCGAUUCGAAGCAUCGAAAUUGUUGGUGCCAGCGAUGCCAUUCGAAGCUUCCAGCCAGCAAGCAAAUUAUAUUGGAUGACGGCGUAGAGAUCAAGAAGUCAAGUCUGAUUUUCGACAAAAACGAUUCGACCCCCGAAGAAGACUUUCUCGAGUGCCAUGAUUGCAAAUGCAGGGUUCACAAGAUUUGCGCGCUCCACAAUUGUCGGAAUCAAAAACCAAACGAGCUGUUUCGCUGUCCRAAAUGCAUUAAUGUACACAAAGAAAUCAACGGACUGCCGCACAAUGCUCCCAAAUCUGCCAAGGAUCUUCCUACGUGCUUAAUGAGCGACUUCAUCGAGAAAGGCUUACUAGAAUCUCUCGAUAACUCGUACCGAAAAACCGCCGAAGAAGAUGGCAUUCCUAUCAGCAACRUAAAAAGAGCGGAUGAUCUAAGUGUGCGGGUGAUGUCACACGUUUCUCUCAAACAUAUGGUCCGAGACGAGGUACGUAAUCGAAUAGGCAAUCAGUUUCCGAGUGCUAGCUGUCAUCAAAUUACCCCUUCUCUAACGCAGUGCACAACUUGAUGGCAAUGUACAGAUGUUCAAGAAAUAUUCGAGKCAAGGCUACCCCAGUGACUUCCCGGUUCAUACGAAAUGCAUUGGUCUCUUUCAACAAAUCCAUGGUGUAGAUGUUCUUCUGUUUGUCAUGUACGUGUACGAAUACGGACACGAAUGCCCYGCACCGAAUCGAAGGCGAGUCUACAUAUCGUAUCUAGACUCGGUCAAAUACUUUGAACCAAGGCGCUACCGGUCGAUCGCUUAUCAAUCCAUCAUCGUAGAAUAUCUUCGCUUCGUGAAGAAACGGGGAUUCCACACGGCCCAUAUCUGGAGCUGCCCCCCGGCAGACGGCGACGAGUAUGUCUUUCACUGCCAUCCAUCUCACCAAAAGGUGCCAGACGAAGCAAUGCUGCGCCAAUGGUACUACGAUGUUAUCGAUCAAGCCACAAGGGAAGGAAUCGUUGUCGAAACGACCAACUUUUACGACGAAUAUUUUCAGUUCAAGAAACUGGGAUCGGCAUCUCCCUAUCCAGAGGGAGUCAACCCCAUGUCGCUGCCAUACUUUGAGGGCGACUACGUUCCCGGUGAAAUCGAGACCAUCCUCUCCAAGUUGAACGAGGAAGAACUUCCCCGCAAAACGAGGUCAACCAACAACUCAACGGUGCCGGUUGCCGACGCAGAACCGAAGCGGCAGAGGCCGGGCUCGCGCCGGGGCACCCGGUUGAAUUCGGCCCGUUUGGGGAAUGCAAUCCACGACAAGGUAAUGAGUCGAUUGGGAACGGCGAUUCACAACAUGAAGGAAAACCUCAUUAUAGUUCGGUUGCGCAACAAGCAUUUUGCUCUGGCCGUAGACCGGGGGGAAGACGUAUCGGAAUGGCCCGACGACGAUGCGUAUKCACCCCACCCUGGCGAAUCGAUCCGGAGCAGCAGCAGCAGCAGUACCAAUGAGUAUGCCAAAGAAUACAAGCGAACCAGCAGAAGGUACACCGUCCCGGACAAGAUCCGUUCCACCAUCGAAGAAGACGAGGAAUUCGAGAGCGAAAUGUUUGAAAACCGGCAGCUCUUUCUAAACUAUUGCCAAGGAAACAACUGCCAGUUYGACGAGAUGCGCCGCGCCAAGCACUCUACCAUCAUGGUCUUGCACCAGCUGCACAACCCAUCGGCCCCCAAGUUUGUUCGCAGGUGCCGUGCCUGCCAGAAAGACAUCGGCAGCGAAGGGUGUUACAGGUGCAAGGUUUGCCCCGAUUUCGACCUGUGCAUGGAUUGCCACGGGCCGGUGACAAAGGGAUUGUGGGCCUCGAGGGGAUUCCGGUUCACGCACGAUGGGACCCAUUCGUUUUCCCUCGUCCGGCCGGCCCCUGCCGAUGGCGAGGCCCCGGCCGUGUGUCGUCCCGCGGGCGCGGCCUCRCCCGCGGCCAGGGCGGAGCGGGCCAGGGCCCUGAAGGUCUACCUCGGGGUCCUGGUGCACGCCGCGAGCUGCGGUGGCGUUUCCGAAGGCUGYCUMCUGAAGAACUGCGCCAGGAUGAAGGAGCUCCUCUCCCACGUGGUCUCGUGCCCGCUCUCCUCGGGCGGAUCGACGGCGGGCGCCGCCUCCUGCAAGAUCUGCGCCCGCGUCCUGUCGCUGAUCAUCGUCCACACCCGGUCCUGCCCGGACCGGGACGGUUCCUGUCCAYUGCCGUACUGCAACAAGAUCCGGGAACGGAACCGMCGCCUCCGGCGGCAGCAGCUCUUUAUGGACGAUCGGCGCCGGCGGGCCCAGAACGCGGUCUACUCGCGGCGGAGGCGAUAGCCGUGUGCUGCGGGCACAACGCCGCAAUGGCCCGUCACCGAUGCACCGCAAACAAACAAACACACACACA